CUCAUGCAAACUUUGACCCCACUGAACUGAAUGCACUGAAGAAUAACAGCAGGAGUGAGACAGCGAUCUCAAUGUUUUUUAUUUUAGUUACAUGACAUUCUCUUUUGAUAUGAGGGCCUGUGGAUAAGUUAAAUCGUUACAACCUGUGGGGAAGAUGACGGAGAAUAUGUUCCAGGAGGGGCUAUAUCAGGUGUAUUUUAAGGAGACCCGCCCACUGACCACGGAUACCAAUAAUGAAGCCCUAUGCAAUGUGAGGAUUCAUCGUUGGUUCGGCACUGUGGUUAACACCAGACUUUUAGUCACUGGGGUGGGGCAGAUCCUCAGUGCCUUAGCUUGCAUACUAACCACAGUCACUCAUGCAUGUGUGAGCUACAACUGCGCGGUCUCUAUGACAACACCUGUGUGGUCAAGUCUAUUUUAUGUGGCUGCUGGAUGUCUGACAAUAGAGGUUCAGAGAAAAGCUAAUAAAUUAAAGAUCAUCUCUCUGGUUGGUCUGAACCUCUUUAGUCUACUGUUUGGAUUCUCUGCUAUUCUGGCCAUCAGCCUAAUUUCUGAAAAACCAGCUGCACUAAACACAAACCAACAGCGUGCCGGUUCAAUUGUUGCGAAGGGGAGCUCCAUAGCAUUCACUGCCCUGUGUUUGCUGCUCUCAGUCUACACACUCUUCCUGUCCUGGAGAGGCCUGCGUCGCUACAGUUCUCCCCAUAUUCAAGCAUACAGCCGCAUCUCACAGGAUCCAGAUGACACCAAUGGGCCUCUGCUGGAACAGGUGGAAUAUAGUCUGUGAACCUUAGUAACCUGAAAUAUCUGUUCAGAGUCACUGUACUGUAUACUAUAUACUUGCGGCCUGGAGUAGAGCCACUCGAUGCACUCCUACUUUUGUAAAGUCAGUUACUGUUAUUGACCAAUGUCUGUAUGAACUAUUUUAAAACAUUUUAGGAUAUCACAUGACACGUGACUCAGUAUCACUUCCCCUUUAGGAUUCUCAAAAACUUGAAAUUCACUUACUCACAUAAUGAAGAAUUAUGUCAGCAAAUUGAAC